GGUCCAGGUUCGCCAACAGGCGAGGCUCUCAACGCCCGUUUGUCAUAUUUUCCUUUCGUAUCUUGGGCACAUCUCCUGCAGGAGCCCGCUGUGAUGGCUGGCCGGCGUCCAAUUGAUAAACUACCAAACGUGGUCACCGACGUGGUAAUCACCACAGCCAAAACCUUCAGAGCUGCAAGGCAAGAUGGCAAGGGCAACCCCGCCGCCGCCGCUGCGGCGAUGGAGACGCGGGUUCCUGCUGCCGUUGAGCAGUUCAAUGCCAUAUUGGACGAUAUCGAGUCCGAAAUCCUCCUGUCCAAAGCGGUGAUCGAGCGGGAUCUCAAACUCCUUAGAGCCAAACGCCAGCCGCCACCUCCGGAGUCGAAACCUGUUGCUCCACCAGCGCCAAUGGUCAUUGACUUGGACUCCCCGAAAAUGACUCCAAAGGCGUCUUUUCCGGGCUUGCCAGGACCGUCUCUACCUGGGAAGCAGGCCAGUAAACCGGUUGCCCCGUUCCCGAAUAUGGGAUUCGAAGGAGCAUCACCCGAGGUGGCCGCGGCACCCAACCCGAAGGCCGCCCCUAAACCCAAGGAUGUCAAAAACCAGGCCCGACCGGCCGGGGCAACGGGCGCGGCCGCCAGAUCCGCCAGCGCUCCACAAAAGAAGGACGUCAAGGUCCCCUCACCACACUUGCACCGGCCAAGUGGCGUGGCAACGGCCCCUCAAACGCCUCUCAACGCCUCAGCUCAACCCAAAGCGUCGUUUGUUGCCACGGCGGCAGCAAACAGGCAGGCGUCCAGCCUGACCCCUAAUGCCUCGGCCACCAGCGCUGCCACGCCACCGGCCCCCGUCGCCGGAAAUGGGAACAUAUUCACAGACAUGACCUUCUCUGUGGCGCCUCCCCCUGGUGAUACGCACCUUCAAAACCAGGUCCCGCAACCGCAAAGAACAGCGCCACAGCAGCAACCACCCCCGCCAGGAACCAGUAUCACGAACGCCGGGGGCGGGGAUGUCCUGGGCCACCAAAUGGAGCAAUUCAAAGGGGGCCCAGCGGAUGUGGCCAACAUGGACGUUGGGAUCCCGGACAUCAAAGCCGGGGACGCUAACACCAUUAGCAACGUUGAUGACAAGAUCGACGGGCUUUUCGAUUUGGGUCCCGGCGACCUCGACACCAUUGAUCUUGAAUAUGACCUCGGCAACGGAGACAACAGCAACUUCAACGACAUGUACUUCCCUACAGGCGACAACAAUGGUGGGGCGGGAGAGUUUGACGACGCUUUCUUCAAUCUCAAUGGAUGAUCUGGGUACUGAGAAUGACUUGGGGCAACGGAGUUUCGGAUAUGUAGGGUUUCACACUUAGAUACCAGGUUUGCCUCGAGGCAUCAGGGGCCCUCGAGAUUUAUUCGGGGUUCAAAAUUUCACUGAUAAUUAUCCUAA